AUGUCGGAGCAGAUUUCGCCGGCGAUUCACGACCCGCAAGGGCAGGAGAGGCAGCAGCAAGCCGCCGGAGUCGGGAUUUUGCUUCAGAUCAUGAUGCUUGUCCUCUCUUUUGUGCUCGGCCAUGUCCUUCGCCGUCAUAAGUUCUAUUAUCUACCCGAAGCUAGUGCUUCGCUUCUCAUCGGGAUGAUCGUAGGUGGUUUAGCGAACAUCUCGAACACGGAGACUAGUAUAAGGACAUGGUUCAAUUUCCACGAUGAGUUCUUCUUUCUGUUUCUGCUGCCGCCCAUCAUAUUAUAUCCUUAA